AUGGCGAGUGCAGUGAGAGCGAACGUGAUGCGCGUGGCCGCGCGCCAGCUCAGGCGCCAGACGCCACAGUCGGUGGCUGCGUUGCGCGCUAACUCUUACCCCCAGUCGGUGGCGCAGACGCAGCUGCGUUCCAUGAGCGUAUUCUCCAACAUCAAGAAGACGGUGUCUGGCAAGCUGGAGGAGCGCAACCAGCACAAACAGGAGGAGGCGUACAAGCAGCAGAUGAUCGAGCUCUCGCAGAAGGACAAAUUCGACCUGAACGGAUUCUACGACCACCUGAAGAAAAACGCUGAGGCGAGCGGCGCAAGCGGCUGGCGAUCCAUGAUCCCCGGUGUGUCAUCCAUGACUGCAGUGCAGCAGAUGAAGACGUUCAUGGACAUCUUGGAGUCGAUGGAGCCCGAGUACCGUGAGAGCCCUCGCCUUAUUAACGGCAAGAUCAAGAGGAAGAUCUCGGAAAAGGCUGGCCACUCUCCUGAGGACAUCAACAACAUGCUGCGCAAUUACGAGCAGCUGUCUGCUCUCCACGUUUGGCUGGUGAAGCGUGUGGAACGCGGUCUCAGCAUCCCCGAGACUCUGGACGAGACGACGGAGCUGGUACGUCAGGACCCCACCGGUUUUCCGGCCAGAAAGUUCAGGAUGAAGCAGCGUCGCUACUAAUCAGCGCGAUAGCAUUAGAAAGCAUCAGAGACAACGGUCAAUAGCUCGAGUGCCCUGCUCACGCCAAUAUUGACCUAUUUCACCCAAUCACGCGUUUUUAAAAUGUCGAUCACUUUUUCCAAUCUCUAAA